AGACCGUAUGGAAGACGCGCGUUAUGUGCCAAACACAUCUGGAAUGGCCAAUCUAUCGAACAGCUGAAAUCUCGGUUAGCUUCCAGUAUUAGCAAAAGGCAGUAUGCUAGCUCGGAUAAUAUACGGAAGGUUGCGUGCUUGUUCCGAGUAGCCUACUGUGCCUCUCUGUGAAAUUAUAAUAUUUAAGUAACGACUUGUUUUACAGCCAGUACCCACUUUAGAUAGUGACCUGGUAUUUGGAAAUGAAUAUGUGACAAAUGCUGUAAGUUUCUCCGUGGGUCGUACGCUUGUCUAUCCGGUCUAGCAAGUUUUGCCACGUAAAUCGUGGUAUGGUGAGCUGACCAAAGCUUUGUUCCUAAGUGUGUGUAAGCAGGCUAGGCGGUGGGGCCGAUCUCCCCAUGACGGCCCGCGGCCAUGCCUCGCGUAAUGCAGCCCACCGAACGUUCCUGGAGGAAGAACCGGAACUGCAGGGCCCGGUUCUAAAUGAGAACCCGCUUGGCCACAGGCCGCGACCCAGAGAUCCUCCGGAGCCAGAGCUGAUGGACCCAGAGCCGGACCCAGAGGUGACCGAGCUGGGACCCCUUCUGGGGGCGGCAUCCCCCGUUUCCAGCCCCCGCGGUGCAUCAGCAUUCCCUGAGGAUGAGGAAGAGGACGAUGAGGAAGGGACGCACGUGAUGACACUCCCACUGCAGGCACAUCAUGCCAUGGAGAAGAUGGAGGAGUUUGUGCACAAGAUGUGGGAGGGCCGCUGGCGUGUGAUCCCGUACCAGCUGCUGCCAGAGUGGCUGAAGGAUAACGAGUACCUCCAGCACGGGCACCGCCCCCCCAUGCCCUCCUUCAAGGCCUGCUUCGGGAGCAUCUUCAGGAUCCACACCGAGACUGGCAACAUCUGGACACACAUGCUGGGUCUGAUCCUGUUCAUAUGUCUGGGGACGCUGACGAUGCUGCGGCCGAACGUGUACUUCAUGGCGCCGCUGCAGGAGAAGGUGGUGUUCGGAAUGUUCUUCCUGGGCGCCGUGCUCUGCCUCGGCUUCUCCUGGAUCUUCCACACCGUCUACUGCCACUCCGAGAAAGUCUCACGCACCUUCUCCAAGUUGGACUACUCUGGCAUUGCGCUGCUGAUCAUGGGUUCGUUUGUGCCGUGGCUCUACUACUCGUUCUACUGCUCGCCCCAGCCGCGGCUCAUCUACCUCUCUGUGGUGUGUGUGCUCGGGAUCGCCGCCAUCAUCGUGGCCCAAUGGGACCGCUUCGCCACGCCGCAGCACCGACACACCAGAGCCGGUGUGUUCAUGGGUCUGGGCUUGAGUGGCAUAGUACCCACGAUGCACUUCACCAUUGCGGAGGGCUUUGUGAAGGCGAUCACAGAGGGCCAGAUGGGCUGGUUCUACCUGAUGGGCGCCAUGUACAUCACGGGAGCUGGCCUGUACGCCGCCCGCGUCCCCGAGCGCUACUUCCCCGGCAAGUGCGACAUCUGGUUCCAGUCCCACCAAAUCUUCCACGUGCUGGUGGUGGCGGCCGCCUUCAUCCACUUCUAUGGCGUCUCCAACCUGCAGGAGUUCCGCUAUGGCCUGAGCGGGGGCUGCACGGACGACUCCCUGCUCUGACCAGUCACAGCAGCACUUCCUGCUUCCUGCUCCCACCACACCUCACUUCCUGUCAUGUUACCAUGGAGAUGGUGCCACCCUGAUCACCUCACCCAGCCAGUGCCCUACACAUUCUCUGACAAAAACCAUAAAAGAAAUUAGUGCAUGUGUGCGUGUGUGUGUGUGUGUGUACAUGUGUGUGCAUGUAUGCGUGUGUGUGUUUGUGUGUGUUAACUGUCAACCCUCUGAGGAACCUCAGAAAGCUUCACUUCUGUUUGAUAAGAGUGUGUAUUAUGUCUUUGACAGAACAAUUACAAGAAACACUGAAUCAUUCAAACUCUGUAAUUGAAAUACUUGAAGUGCUCAGUAUAUUCAUAUAAACAGAUGACAUGUUCUCCCUG